CACAACACCAAAAUAAUCCUACGGCCGAUAUCAUCCUAUGAUCUCUACCCCUUUGAUCUACACCGUUAAAUUACUCCUUCGAACUACUGAAACUUGUGUACAUUAGUCACCAUCAUAAAUUCCAAAACUUUUCUUAAUUUUUUUUAUCUCUCCUUUAAGCAGAGUUCUUUGCUUCAAAGAUCGUGUUUUUGAUCUCUAAAGGGUUUCUACACCAGGGAAUUAUUUUGCCCCUUUCAAUUUUUCUUCAGGUUAAAGAUUCUUUUUUAUGGCAUUUGAAUGCCAGGGAAGAACUGAGGAGUCGAAAAAUUACAAUUCUGAGGAAAAUUUUAAUCCAAAAGCUAAAAGUCUUGAGAUUCCUAAGCCCAUAUUGGGCUGUCAUUUUAAGGAUGGAAUUUUAAUUAGGGAUAGUUCAAAGAACUUCCAUUCUAAUGAGGUUUUGCCUAAUUUUCGCCGAUCAAUUACUGACCUUCCUCCAGCAUUGAUUUCUGAAAUCCUUAAUUGCCUUGACCCUAAGGAACUUGGUAUCGUUUCAUGUGUAUCUACAAUUUUUAAUAGGCUUGCAUCUGAGAACCAGGUUUGGCAGGAAGUUUAUUGUGAGAGAUGGGGACUUCCCCUGGUGCCUGCACCAUCAGGUGUGGGGAUUUCAGAUGAGAAGUCAUGGAAGGAAUUGUUUGUGGAGAGAGAGUUUAGGAGUAAGACAUUCUUGGGACGUUACAGCAUUGAUGUCUUGUAUGGUCAUACUGAAGCAGUUCGAACAGUUUUCCUUUUGGCUUCUGCCAAGCUCGUUUUUACUUCUGGUUAUGACUCGGUUGUGCGGAUGUGGGACAUGGAAGAUGGGUUAUCUAUUGCAUCAUCAAGGCCCCUUGGAUGCACUAUUCGGGCAGUUGCAGCAGAUACAAAGCUCUUGGUUGCUGGUGGUACUGAUGGUUUCAUCCAAGGUUGGAGAGCAGUCGAAGGUCUCCCGUGCUUGUUUAACCUUAAGGGUUCUCAGGAACUAAAUGUUGAAUUUAGACUUUGGGAACAUGAGGGACCUAUAACUUCUCUUGCCUUGGACCUUUUGAGGAUUUACAGUGGUUCAUGGGACAUGACUGUUCGCAUAUGGGAUCGUUCUUUGCUAAAAUGCUUAAAGGUUUUGAGGCAUAGUGAUUGGGUAUGGGGCCUUGUUCCACAUGAUACUACAGUUGCUAGCACAUCUGGGUCGGAUGUGUAUGUUUGGGAUACUCAUAGUGGGACUUUGCUUGCAGUUAUUAAUCGUGCUCAUGUUGGCAAUACUUAUUCUUUAGCACGAAGCCACACUGGAGACUUUCUUUUUACUGGAGGAGAGGAUGGGGCUAUACAUAUGUUUGAGAUUAUAGGCCACAGCCGCAUGGUUAAUGUUUUCAAAAUUGCAACUUGGAUUCCCCACUCUGGCCCUGUGUAUUCCCUUGCAUUUGAGUUUCCAUGGCUUGUUUCAGCUUCUAGUGAUGGGAAACUGUCUCUUAUAGAUGUUCGAAAACUACUUAGGAUAUGCAGACGUUCUACAGAAAAGAAUGCUUCAAGGAUUAACAUUGUAGAAUGCAAGAGUGUAGAGCCACCACAAAGGAUGCUUCAUGGAUUUGGGCCCAAUUUAUUUUCAGUGGAUAUUGGUGCUGACCGUAUUGUAUGUGGAGGAGAGGAGGGUGUUGUCAGGAUGUGGAAUUUUUCACAAGCUUUGGAAAUUGAGCGGAGGGCUCGUGCUCUAAGAGGAAUUCGGUUGGAGAACCGGAUGAGGAGGCGCAAGCUCCAAACAGAAAUGAGCAAGGGUGGGCGAAAUGAUCAGUGUUCUGUGGCAGCCAAGAAGAACUCUAUGCAUGGAGAUAAGAAUACUGUCUGGCAUAGUAAGCGUGCAGUAAGUAGCAAGCUGAAGGCUUAGCAACAGAUGACAAAUGACAAUUAUAUAUACUUCUAGGCGCGGUGACAAACUACUAUGGGGUUUUUUUUUUGUAACAGAAUUACACAUUUUGCAGGUUAAUGAUUGUAGAUGUUAGCCUCUUCUUCUCCCAUAGAAUCUGGAUUUCAAAGGUAAGGUUCAUUUCAUAUUAGUUUGAAGAUAUGUCCAUUGGAAUGAUCUCAAAAAUGCUCUUUUUUUUUUU